UGAAACUGAUCGUGUUCGACCGACCGGCCAUUCCUCCACGGUCGCAUUCCCUCGUGGCCGGCGCACCGCGCUCCGAGCAGCAAUGGCGUUCGCCGCGGCUGCGCGGAGAAGCCUCGCCUUGCCUAGCAUCUCCGAUUGCCUCUCCCGCCGCUUCCAUCCCGCGCUCCCCCAACUGCUCCCAUCCAACUCCAUCGGCGAUCCCCGGAAGCCCUCGCCCCUUCCUCUCUCACCCGCAACGCGUCCGUUGCGCUUCGCGUUCUCCCCUUGCGGGACAGCUCAAACCCUAAACCUCCUUCCAUUCGGCAUCCACCUCCUCGCCGGGCCACCCCGCCGCGGCUUCUCCUCCUCCUCCGGCGACAUUGACUUCGCCGACGUCCUCACCGGCGCCGCCGAUGCCUGGCCGCCCGUGGCUGCCCCGGCGAGCUUCCCCAGCGAGGUGGCGUUGGCCGCAGGGGACUCGUCGAUUGCCGUCGCGGCGGUGCAGCAUCUCAUCGACGCGGUCCAUUCCUUCACUGGUGGAUUUCCAUUGCUCUCUCCACUGUGCUCUUACGGUCUGUGUCGUGCCCAUUGUGGAUGCUUGCCAGGAAACGAGUAUAUGCAAAGUUGAGUUCUUUGCAUGGAGUUAAUUCCAUCCAACAACUACAAAUUGGUAGGUUUAGUCUGUGAACAACACCUUUUUGUGGACCCACAUGGCCACACAACACUCUUGUACUACAUAUCAGCAAAUAUGCAUUAUCCACGAGUAAAUGUGUGCUCUGAAUGCAAUAUCCCUGAGUUAGUGUGAAUGGAAUAUCCAUGAGUAAAUGUCUGUUAGGCAGAUCCAAGUAAAUGAAUUGAUUGGAUGUUAACUUUUCAAUGCCCUGUUUUUUGAGUGUGAGAAUUUUUCCAGUAUCCUGUAGGAUAACAGUUGUUCUGUAUGAAGCUCUUGCAGAACUCAUUUUUAUUGCAAAAAUGCCCUAACUUGUUACAGAGCCAACUCAGAAAAGUAUAACUGUUGUAUAUU